AUGAAUAUUCGAAUGGGCCAGAACUUAGAUUUGCCACUCCCUAAUCUCAGCAAGUUGAGCUUACGAGAAUGUGGUCUUUCAGGCUCCAUCUUUUCUCCCCUUUCACAGCUCCAUUUCUUAUCAGAACUUGACCUCAGCAAUAACAAUCUCUCCUCUGCAAUGCCCAAUUUCAUAGGGAACUUAUCCUCAUUGACGUCCCUGCUCCUUAAAGAUUGUGGAUUGCAUGGAAAAUUCCCUGAGAGUGUUUUCCAGAUGCCAAAUCUACAAAUCAUUGACAUAUCAAUCAAUCCAUUUCUAGCUAUCAAUUUGCCGGAGUUCCCUCAAAACAAUACUCUACAGCAAUUGAUCCUUUCAUACACUGGAUUAUCAGGAAAGAUACCAGAUUCAGUCAGUAAUCUCAAAUUCUUGACUCAAUUAGACCUCAGCUAUUGCAACUUGUCAGGAUCAUUACCAUCCUCACUUUUGAACCUUACCAAACUGCAAUAUCUGUAUCUUUCAUCCAAUAAAUUGAGCGGCCCAAUUCCUUCUUCAUAUGGAAACGAGCUUCUGAAUCUCAAAGAGUUCAGCUUAUGGAAUAAUUUGCUUAAUGGGACCAUUCCAUCAUCAUUGUCUUCACUCUCAUCAUUACAACUGUUGGAUCUGGGAGGCAACCAACUUAGUGGUCAACGUGAUAACAACCUGUCAGUCCAAUAUGGCAGUGGUAAUUCCACAUUUGUUUCCAUCCCCCAGUUUCAAUAUUUGUUGCUACGGUCUUGUAACAUCAGCACAUUUCCAAAUUUCUUGAGAAAUCAAGUGCAGUUGGGGAAUAGUACCAUCUUCCCAUCUUUUGUUGAUCAGUGA